UCUCCCCCUCUCCCCUACAAGGGCCACAGCAGAACUGCGCUGAGCUCGAGACGCGCGAACCGUGCCACACUGCGACGCACGCCCGUGCCUUCGCUUCUUUUCGUGUCGCCGGCGAUCGUAGGCGGGUUCUUGCGGCCUCCCGUUCAGGUCGUCUGGCUUGUUCCUGAAACGUGUCAGCAUCAGCAGCAGACGAGCACGCCCUUUUCGCCGCUGUGGUCGACGGCGACGGGCCGUUACCUGAUGUUAACGGCCGCUAAUGACGCCAAGCUCCUGUCUUUCUCCAAACCCAUGAUUCUUGCAUUAACUUAUCCGCGAGCAGUUCGAAUUCCCGGAGGUCUUGUGUUCUUUGCGGGCUCAUCCACUUCUUGUGCUCUUCGAGCUGUGGAGCUCGACGAAGCGAGCGAGUCUGGCGACGGUCAUGACUACGCCGAGUCCAAGCAGAGGAUGGAGCGUUUUGCCUCCUUGGGCCAGCUAGGAAGAGCGCUGGAGACGUUGAAUUCGACGGGCUAUUCGCCUGGGAAGCCGACGGUGUAUGAUUACAAUGCCUUGAUGUACCGUUACCUGAAAUCGAGAGACGUGGUUUUGGAGGAGUUGAUUGGAGUGUAUCAUGGAAUGAAGCGUUUUGGCCCUGCACCUAAUGCUCUGACUUUCAAUACGCUUCUCAAUGGAAUGUUGUCUCUUGGGCACUUGAAAAGUGCAUGCUUCGUUGCUCAAGAGAUGUGGGAGUGUGGCUUCUUGCCCUCCUUUAGUUGUUUGUCGAAAUUGUUGAAGAAAUCGCUAGGAUUGGGGAGAUUGGUCGAUGCGCUCGAAGUGUUUGAAUUAAUGCUCAAGUGUGAGUAUCACCCCACUAAGCCCACGUUGAGAUCCUUGAUCUCUAUACUUUGCAAAAGGGGCAUGGUCCAGAAGGCCCAUCAAGUUGUGUCCGCUCUUUUCCGUAGAAAUUGUGUUUGUUGUAUCUACAGUUGUAAUCCGAUUGUCUGGGCCUUGUGCAAGUCUGGACAGAGUUAUAGUGCUCUGGAGUUGUUAUACUGGCUGAAGAAGAGAGGUAUUCAUCCUAAUGUUUGCUCAUACACGGCUUUGGUUUAUGGAUUUAGCAGGGAAGGGUCGUGGGAGGAAGCUUUUCAGUGCUUGGAUGUCAUGAAACACGAUGGAUGCGAAGCUAACGUGAUAACUUAUACUGUAAUUAUAAAGUUCCUUUGUGACGGUGAGCGGAUUAAAGAGGCAUUAGCCCUUCUGUCCAAGAUGGUUCAGGAAGGGUGUUAUCCAGACUUGUAUACAUACAAUAUCAUUCUCCGGGAAUUGAGUCAUCUGGAUAUGAAUGUUUCAGAAGUUUUUUGGAUGAUUGAUGAAAAGGUUCUUUCACCUGACCCGUACACAUAUUCUGCUUUGGCCGGAGGCCUAUCAAAAGUUGGCAGAGUAGGAAUCGCAUGCAAUCUUUUAAGUGAUGCAAUUUCUGCGGGCUGUAGCCUGGAUGUUUGUGCAUAUAAUAUAUACUUACUGUGCCUAUGUCGGACUAAUAAAUCCAAGGAAGCUUUGUCUGCCCUGGAAGAUAUGAUGAGACAGGGGGUUGUUCCAAAUAAUAUUUCGUUCAACACAAUUUUGAGCGGUUUCUGUAACGAAGACAGAAUUGACGAGGCUUUACAUAAUUUAUACCGUUUUGAAUGGAUUGGCAGUGGACCAGAUGUAGUUUCUUUCAAUACUAUUUUGUCUACAGCAUGCAGACGGAGAAACUCUGCAAUGGUUAGAAGGGUCUUGGACCUAAUGGAGUGUGAAGGCAUUAAGCUUGAUGUUGUUGGGUCAACUUGCUUGAUUGAAUAUUAUUGUGAAUCUGGAAAAUUUUCAGAGUCUUUUAAGAUAUUGAAAUCCAUGAUGUGUAAUGGACCCAGACCGACAAUUGUUACCUUGAAUGUGCUUUUGGACAAACUUUGCAAGAAUAAGCUACCUGCAACUGCUCACAGGAUCUUCUGCAGCAUCAGUCAUGGAAUUCUUCCUGAUAUUACCUCAUACAAUAUUCUCCUCAAUGAAUACGUGGAAGAGAAAAAUUAUGCAAUGAUUGGUAAGCUUCUCAUGGAUAUGCAUCAACAGAAACUAAACGCUGAUGUUGUCACAUAUGGUACUGUGAUUAAGCAGUUCUGUGAGGAAGGGAGGAUUUCGGCUGCUCUUCAACUCAGGAAUCAAAUGAUGAAAAAUGGGCUUACUCCAAGUAUUGCAAUCUACAACACCAUAUUAGCUGCCUUGUUUCAGAGAGGGAAGUUAUCAGAUGCUAUUGCAUUAUUAACCACGAUGGUCAAGCCGGCUGUGAGCCCUACAGAUGAGUUUGGAGCUAUCAUUUAUACCAGGCGAUGAAAAAUUAGUGAGCAACACUGUCAGAUAGGGUUACAUUAGCACCUGAAGAUGUUGGAUCCUUGACAUUUCUUGCGCCUUGUCUGAUAGAGUAGCGAUGAAGCUAGAAAGUUGACGUAUGGCAUAUGGGAUAAAAAUGGUCUGUGAAAUCAAAUGAAGCUUCAGGGGAUACAAGAAAAUGACUAUGGAAAGCCUCAACCUAUUUUGGCAAGCCAUUUAUUCCGAAAGAAAGUAACAGCACAUCUUAACACCAUCUUUAAGAGAACAGAGCUAAUAUGCACAUAAGCAAAAUAUGAUGCAGAUCCAUCUCUAGGGCGGAAACCUUCUGUUCCCUUGAAGCUGUUAGAAAAACUGUUACUAGUGGUUUUGCAUUUCUUUUUGUUUGAUUUUCAGGAUUGCAUGUUGUGUUUUAUUGCAUGUUUCUGUGGUGGUUGGAUGCUGCAUAACUUCUGUUGCUUCUUUAAGGAACUUGAGUCUACCUGAUACUUCAAGGGAUAGUUUAAGUGCAUUGACAUACAGCGUUAAAAGCUGGCGUAGUGGUAAGCGUUGUUUCAGAGACUAUUUCUGAGCGCUGUAUAAAUAAGAUUAAUAUGGUACACACUCUGUAAUGAUAUUCAGCAGUUGAAUAGAAAGUCAAUCUUGGUCAUUAAGUGAUCAAUAAUUUCUAACCAUUCUUUUCAUAUUUGAUUUGAAUAUCCAAUUAAAAUAACUGCUGACAUAUUCAACUGUUUACAAAUACGUAGAGGAUUAGUGAACAUGGUUUAGGCUCAUAUCUGGACCUUGACCUCAUUGUACCGAUAAGCAACUAGAUAUUUAUUCAUUCAAAUACAGUAAUAUAGUAAGCGGUAUAACUUAUUGCCGGGGUUCCUCUUUCACUAUUGAUCUGUCACCAUGAUCGCAUGGUGAGCGAGUGCUCCCGAGGUCUUAUC